GUCUGAUCACUUCGCUGAUGUUCAAGAUCUAAUAGUUAAAGGGUGACGGAUAACUAGCAAUUCUUUUUUGAGUGGUAUUUGUAUUGGCGAUUUAGCUGCUUCAGUAAGGCCGUGUGGCCUAUAAUGUUAGCAAGGUACCUAGGUUGUUAGCAGUGGUCUGCGGACAUGGCUGGAGCUGGCUAAUAACAUAGGCUACCUAUUGUGUUUUGGAGAUGAUCUGAGUUGGAUAAUGUGACUACCUGCAUGCAUGCAAGAUGGCAGACAGACUCCACAAUGAUUGAGAGAAUAUCCAAUGGAUCAAGAGGGGAAGGUGGAGGAGGAGCAGCCCUCAGCAUCGCACAGUAACCCAGCACUGAGCAGCGACCACAAAGACUCCAGUUCAUUGUGUGCAGAAUUAAGCCCUCUGGAGGACAUAAUAUUUGUGGAUAAGCAAGCUGUUGAGAAGCUAACCAAUGGACUCAUUUCUCAUUACUUACCUGACCUACAGAAUUCAAAGCGGGCCCUUCAGGAAUUAACACAAAAUCAGGGGAUAUUGCUUGAUACACUGGACCAAGAAAUAACAAAAUUCAGAGAGUGCAAUUCACUGCUUGACAUGCAUUCACUGUUUACAGAGGCAAAGAUCUAUCAUAAUAAAUUAGUAAGCAUACGUAAAGAAAUGAUGAUGCUUCAUGAGAAAACAACAAAAUUAAAGAAAAGAGCUUUGAAGCUUCAGCAGCAGAGACAGAAAGAAGCUCUGGAAAAAGAACAACAGCGUGAGAAGGAGCUUGAAAGAGAGAGGCAACUCACUGCAAAACCUGCCAAAAGGACAUAGGUCCACCUGGUGUAUAACAACUGUGGACUACUACCAUUGGCUUUAAUUGUAUGUGUCCCAGGAAGUUGCCAGAACUCUGCCUCAUGACAAACUAGUGGUGUAUUCCACAGGUAGCAUUGUAGGCAGAAUAGGGCCACUACUGCAUAUGAGGUUCUGGAUCUCAUAUACAGGCCUGCAAACAUGUAAUACAAUUUUAGGAAUUUAAAUAUUUAUUGUGGGGACUUCAUUUCCUUGUUUAGUGGCUGAAGUCUUGAUACCCCAAUGGAAGCUACACUCUAUAUAUCUUUAAAAAUUCAACAAUAGCUUCAACUGGUAUUAUUUUGUAUUUGGAUCUAAUUAACAUUUAAUAUUAACAUUCAGCUAUUGCAAGUAUAGUGCCAUGGAAGUCAGGGUCUAGCAUUUCUUGCAGUGCUAGUUAUGAAGUACAUUUGUAUAUUGGAAUUUAGUAUAUGAUUUUUCAAUUUGGUUCACUUGUGUUCUCUUAAUUUGAAAUAUCGGUUACAGGGUUCAAACCUUGUAGAUUCCAGUCAUGUAAUUUCUAAUGAUUAAAAACAUUUGUGUUUAACAUGUAGCCAUAUUUACUUAACAAAAGGUACAGCCAAUGCUUAAUCAUGAGAUACUUUACAAUGGAAAAUAAUUGGAACAGUGAAUUGUGAGGCUUUGAUCUAUAUGGUAACAGGGUGACCCAUUUGCAGAUGCACAAUGUAAAAAUUCACAUUUUGUCAAAUCAAAUCAGAUUUGAGAUAUUAUGUCUGAAUUUAAGCCAAAUUUAAUUGUGUUGAACAUUUCUUGGCUUUUACCUGUCUGAACUCUAAGGUAUGAUAUACUAAUAGUAUACUCUAAUAUGAUGUGGAAACAAACAAUAUUUACUGGGGGAAAAGUUAGUAAAUAUUUGAAAAUGAACCCACAUUUCGUUGAAUAUGCCAAGUAUAUGGAUUUGACAUUUAUCCAUAUAUUGAUCUUUUCAGAUCCUACACAAUAAAUGGUUGCAAUACCCUGAUGAACUUAA